AUGCGUGCUGUUUCCCUCGUUGCUGCCUCCAACGUGCUAGCGCUCGCGGGUGUGGCAUCGGCCUGUGGCAGUGCCAUCGUCACCGUCGAGGCAUCGCACGGCGGCGCCGGCAACGGCCUCACCAACACUACAGUCACGGUGCCCAUCGGCACCGUAUUCACUGGCGACAAAGCUCUAGAUACGGUGUCUACACUUUAUCUGACUGGUUCCCUCGAAGCUCCGCUUGACAGCAUUACGUGUUCUCCAUACAAGUCGACCGACGGCACUGGCAGUGGAGGACUUCCCUUCAACAGCACUACACCCUCCUUCCUUUCGACAAACACUGUAGAAUUUGGCAGCAUUGUAUGCAUCAAGUACGCUUAG